AUGGGACGUAGACCUGCAAGAUGCUAUAGGUACUUAUCAAACAAGCCUUAUCCUAAGUCCAGAUACUGCAGAGGUGUCCCUGAUCCAAGAAUCAGAAUUUACGACAACGGCUUCAAAAAGGCUGAUUGCGAGUUCUUCCCUAACUUUCUUAUUGAAAAAUUCCCAAUUUAUAUAUUAUUAAUAACAAAUUUAUUUUACAAAAUUUAUGUUUACUUUUCAUAAAAAAUUUAAUAAUACUAUGUAAGUGCAUUCAUCUCGUUUCAGAUGAAAACGAAAAUCUUUCCUCAGAAGCUCUCGAAGCAGCCCGUAUUACAGCCAACAAAUACCUUUUGAAGAAGACUGGCAAAGAAGGCUUCCACCUCAGAAUCAGAUGUCACCCAUGGCACGUCUUGAGAAUCAACAAAAUGCUUUCCUGUGCCGGAGCUGAUAGACUCCAAAUGGGAAUGAGAGGUGCCUUCGGCAAGCCAACUGGAAAGGUUGCAAGAGUCAGGAUAGGAGACGUCAUCAUGUCAGUCAGAGUCAAGGACAGAGAUGUGGAAAAUGCCAAUGAAGCCUUAAACAGGGCCAGAUAUAAGUUCCCAGGCAGACAAAGAAUCAUUGAAAGCGACAAAUGGGGCUUCACCAAGCAUACAGUUGAGAAGUACGAACAGCUUAGAGCAGAAGGCAGACUUGUGCCAGAUGGAAUCAACGUCAAAGAAAUCACCCAACAUGGACCUUUGGCAAGAUUAAACAUCUUCUAA